AUGAAGCGCCAGGGAACCGUGCAUUCUCCCGGGCUGGGCUCAGGGACUGCAAUCAGCCGCUUCCCUAAUAGUUGUCAGCUCGUUCUUGACAGAUCCGAUCGGGUGUUCAUAAUCUGGAGUAAAAGGAUUCGAACCUUUGCAUGCCGGUACCAAAAACCGAUGCCUUACCACUUGGCUAUACUCCAUACGACUUUUGUACGGUAG